ACUUCCUCUGUUUGUGUCCAGAAACAGGCAUCAUCCUGGCUUUAGGCCCCCAGCUGCCCAGAGGAGUGUACACGGUGGUUCUGAGGGUGGCUGAUAACCAGGGUUUGGAGCAGGACAGUACCAUCCAGGCCGAAGUAUGCGACUGCUCCGGGGUGGUGGUGACCUGUCAAGACCGAGCUGUGGGGGGUGUCAGCCUGCCUGUUAUCCUGGGAAUCCUGGGAGGCAUCCUGCUACUGCUCAUGCUGGUGCUGCUGCUGCUGCUGUUUGCCAGACGAAAGCGAGUCGACCAGAAGGAGCCUUUACUGGCAGAUGACGACAUCAGAGAUAACAUCUACUACUACGACGAAGAGGGAGGCGGAGAAGACGAUCAGGACUACGAUCUCGGCGUCCUCCACCGUGGUCUGGACAACAGGCCUGAGGUCUUCAGGAACGACGUGGUACCAAACUUCAUGCCGGCUCCUCAGUACCGACCUCGUCCCGCCAACCCGGAGGAAAUCGGCAACUUCAUUGAUGAUAACCUGAAGGCGGCUGACAAUGACCCAACAGCGCCCCCCUAUGACUCCCUCCUGGUGUUUGACUAUGAAGGAGCCGGCUCUGACGCGGGAAGCCUGUCCUCUCUGAACUCGUCGGACAGCGGAGACCAGGACUACGACUGCCUCAAUGAAUGGGGGCCUCGUUUUAAGAAACUGGCGGACAUGUACGGAGGAGGCGAGGACGACGACAUGCUGUAGGCGAGGCCCGUCCAGCUGAGUGAAUGUUAGAUCCAUGUGGGCGUGAACUGACGAAUCCUCAGGCCUGCACGUUUGUCUCAGUUCAGCCGUGUUAGCGAAGAGCUGCUCUGGCGCCAAAGGAUGAGUUUGUUUUUUACAUUUAUGUUUAGUUCAGCUCUGUCUGCCUGUCCUCUACAUCCCUGUUUGACCUUUAGGCCACAAACCACCACUCUUCAGCUUCCUCCUGUCCUAGAGUCCCAGCAUCCAUGCUGGUUUAAGAGUUUAAGGUGAUAUUUUACUCCCGUUGUGCCUUCUGAGUGACGCAGGACCUGCAAACAGACGCUAACAGUUGCACUGCUAUCGCCUAUGGUACUUUACAUUUGUUCUGGAGAAUGUACUACUGCUUUGGUUAAAUGUUUUUCUGUUUGAUUUUCUAAGUGAUUUGAAUAAAAGCCCAGGUAGCUGACGCCACGUCACCCUCUGAGGGUCUGUGACUCAAUAAAUGCUUUUUAAACGGUUAACUGUGUUUAGAGCACGUUAUCACACUGUAAUGCAAACAUAAAGAGACUUUAUUAUACGCUUUGUCCAUUCUGAAUUUUGUAUAAAGUUAUCUUAAUAUUA